AUGGGGGUCUGGGGGUACAUAGUGGGCACCAUUGAGGUCAACAUGCCGCUUUCGCGCAGCGCGGGGAUGCUGCUGCUGCCCGUCGGCUGCUUCUGCAGCGCCUCUGGCUUGCUGUUGAUGAAGGCGGCCGGCGACAGCCGACCGGACCUCCCACCGUGGCGGAAUCCAAAGUGGAUUGCGGGGUUCGUGCUGCUCGGCAUCCUUGCAACAGUCGUCGAGGUGGCGGUCCUCGGGGUCCUGCCGCUCUCGGUCGUCGCGCCCUUCGCUGGCCUGACCAUCGCGUUCUCGUUGCUCCUGGCUGCCAGCGGCCUGCUCACCUCUCCAGCAGAGAGGCUGGAGCGCGCGGACCUCGCGUGCAUCGCUUUGGUUCUGCUGGGCGUGACUCUCGUAUCCACAUUCGGCCCGCACGAGGAGAGCGCGCCUUCGCUGCCCGCACUCCUGGCGGCGUAUACGCGCCCGCGCUUUGCGCUCUUUGCUGCCGCUGCCUUGAUCACCGCGGCUCUCGUUCUCUCCAAGAGCGUCUGCGGAGUCAGCGACAAGUCCUCGGUGUUGCCGCUGAUCUCCGCCUUCGCCGCGGCGGCCACUGGCUGCAUCUCCCAACUGAUGCUUAAGGUCGUCUCGACCACCGCCUCUGCCUUCCCCGCGACUGCCGUGCCACUCGCGCUGGCGCUCCUCGGCCUCUGCGUCUCGGCGCCGCUGCACCUGACCCUCCUCAACCGUACUCUCGUCGGUGCGGCUGUGGCGCUCGCCGUGCCGGCCUACCAGUUCUUGCUCAUCGUGUGCACCACGUCGGCCGGCGGCAUCCUGCUCGACGAGUUUGAGUCUCUGUCUUCGGGGGACCUCUGGGCAUACGCGUGCGGGGUGGUCACUGCGACGGUCGGGCUCGUCGGUCUCUCGUACUUCAGCUCGGUCGGCGCGGAGCCGGGGGGUGACGAGGAGGGCAGCAGCGAUGAGAGCGACAAGGCUGCUCUCGAGCUAGAGCGCGGAGCGGAGGGCGGGAGUGGCCAUUCGGGAAGUACGUCGAGCGACGCCGCCGAGUCGGCCACGAGCUUGCCGCCCCGCCCCAUGCUCUCGCAGCUGCGAGGAGAUCGCACCCAGGGGUCUAUUCUGAGGGGCCGGCUGAGCCGCAAGUCGCUGACGUCGGGAAGGCACUCGCUCGUGGUCGGCUCGUUCGGUGCUGGCCUCGGCUCCGUCGCAGCGAUCUCCGACUUGCGCCUCAGCCUAAGCCCCAAGCUUUCCCAGUCGCGCCCAAACACGUGGAGCACGGGCCUCUCGAUCGAUGCUGUGAGCGACGAGCGGUUUUUGGAGCCGUACGAAAAGGUCCCAGACGGGCGAACAUGCGGUUUUUCGAUGACCACGCGCGAUGUGGUAUCUUCUUUUUGCUAA